AUGACUCUUCAGUGGAAACGACAUCAUAGUGUUGAAAGCUUGGACGACGAGACUAGCAUAGAACUAACAGUUCUUCGACAACAUUGGAAACAAAUUUUACAAAUAUUUCAAAAAAGUCUCAUUGAUCAAGAUGAUAUUACUUGUGUUACAUCCCAUUUUCAACAUGCAGUCACAUUGCUCACUAAUGAAGUCGCUAGUCACGAUCGUCCCGGUCCUGUACUCUUAUAUUUUAUUGCUGAAUCUAUACUUGAUACAUUUUUUGUUUGGUCAUUAAGUUGUCCUGAAUAUGCAUCAGAUCUUAAAUAUCAUCAAUUACGUUGCUUUGAAUUUCUUCUUAGCCGUGCUCAACAUGAACUUCUCUUUCACAAACAAAUUUUUAAACCAUUGCUCAAUCUACUUCGAUCAUGCGAAUCAUCAACAUCAUUAGAACUUAUUGAAAAACAUAUGAUUGUUGUGCUCAAUCAAGUUUGUGUCAGUAUUACAAGAAAUCCAACACUAUUGGAGCUUUGCUUUGAUAUCAGUGCUGAACAUGGUCCAUCAAAAUUUGUAAUCUUUUCACUUCUAAUUCCAUUUGUUCAUCGCGAUGGACUUGCUGAUAAACCAUCUGCUCUGGGUAUUACUACAGGCCAACAAGCUCGUGAUGCAUUAUUACUUAUUAUGCAGUUAUCGUAUCGCAAUGAACCAAUAGCAAAAUAUAUUGUAGAAAAUACAAAUUUUUGUCCGAUCUUAGCAACAGGUUUAAGUGCACUCUAUUCUGAUCUACCGCAUCGUUUAGCAACGAACAAUGAUGAAUGGUUUAUAUUAACAAAACAAGAAUGGUCAGAAAAUCCAUCAUUGGUGCAAUUUAUGAAUUCAUUACAAUUUUGUAAUGAUGUUAUUCAAAUUGCUCAUCCAAUAAUUGGUCAUCAUCUAUUACAAUUUAUUUAUCAUGGAUUUCUAGUUCCUGUUCUUGGACCUAGUAUUCAUCAGGAUCUUCAUGAAAUACCAUUGAAAUUUUCUGAUUUACAACAUUUCUCGAAUACCAUGGAUGAAGUCAUUGCAGCGACGGCUUAUUUAGAUUUGUUUAUACGUACAAUUUAUGAACCAGCUUUAUUAAGAGUAUUUUUAAAAUUUAUACUUUGUGCCAAAAUCGAUGAAAUGAGUUUAUUGGAUACGUUAAUACAAAGAAUUAGUUUUACAACAAAACUUGGAUUAGUAUCACUUAGUUUAUUUUAUACGUUAAUUAAUCUCAACUGUGAAGAUGUUAUGUAUCGCCUAAUUUUCAUGUAUUUAAUACCAUGUCGACAUGUUAUGUGUAGUCAACGACGUCAUAUAACAGAUGUAGAAAUUUAUGGAAAAAAUGCUGAAAAAUUUCUUACAUUAAGACCUUCAUUUGCAAACAAAACUAAUGAUAAAGAUAGCAAUGGUACUCCCCAAUCAAAACAAGUGCGUGUUAGUUUUGAUCAAACUGAUGAAUCUAAUGAACGAUACGAAUGCUCAUUCGGUGCUUAUCUUGAAGAUGCGCAUUUUAGUAUUGUUCGUUGUCGUAUUGCUUGCCGUUGUUGGACAGCACCCUAUGAUGGCGAAGUACCUUCUUCAGAUACAAAUAUUGAAGAAAAUGAUUUCAUUUCAUUAGCAAGUAGUAUAUCAUCAUUCAAUACAGAUAAUAACAAUUCGAAAAAAUCCGGUCACAUAUCCAAUCAAAAACAAUCAAUAAAUUUUGGAAAAAACGUUGCGGCAUCAAAUGAUUCUGGUAUUCAUGUUGAUGGUCUUGAAAUAAAUUCCCAACUAGAAUCUCAAACAAAACCAACUGAAGAGUCCUUUCAGUUACCGUCAUGGCUUGCUAAUAAUCAACCUAUACCCGAGGAACUUCUUACAAAACACUCAACAAUGAUGAACCAUUCGACAUAUCAUUAUGAACAAACGGAUGACGAUGACAUUGAUUACUAUCAGCAUCCAUCAUCGUUUUAUGCUUUGUCAUUUAUUGAUUUCUCAGGUGAAAAUGAAGAUACAUGGUCAGUAAAUUCAUCGAAUACGCCUAAUGUGCAUAUACGUGAUGAAAUAAAAACAUGUGUCGAGACACUUCAUAGUUGUUUAAGUCAUUUUCGUGAAAUGAACGAACAACCCAAUGAAAUCGAUGAAAAUAUUGAUGACGAUAUAAAAACUUUAGUAAAUGAAUUAUUAGAUCAAGUCAACAGUUCUAUUGAAAAAUUUCAAUUAGAUGAAGUCGAUUCAAUCAAUAUACAAUUAGAUUUUAAUUUGUUAAAUGAAUUAUUGACAAAAAAAUUAACAUUUCAAGAAUAUUUAAUUGUACUUGAUCGAUUAAUUGAUAGUAAAUAUUUAACAAAGUCAACUAAAACAAGUGAUGAAUUAUACAAUGAAAUUCUUUUACUUGUUGAACAAAUUGAACAAUAUCGAACAAUAAUUAUAACAGAACAUAAUCAUAAUACUGAUGUAGAUAAUCAGUAUUUUUCACAGUUUAUAAUAAAUGCACAAUCAAAUUACUCUGUUAUGUCAUUUUUACAACAAUCAACAUCAAUGGAUAUGUCUCUAAUAGCAAUAAAUGAUUUAUCAAAUCAAAUACAAUCAAAUAUAUUUACAACGAGUAUUCAACCACAACAAACAUCCAUAAACAAUGGAAAACCAGCUGAUAUUGGCCCAUUCCUGCGUACAAUAUUUAUAAAAUUGGAAAAUAUGCUACACAAUUCUUUGUAUGUGAAUCUAUUAUUAACGGGUAUAAUAUCACGACUAGCACAUUAUCCUCAACCGUUGUUACGUUCAUUAUUACUAAAUCAUAGUCUAGUACUCGAAACAAAUGUUAAAUCACUCUUUCAAAUUCUUUCAAAUCUCAAAUCAAAACUUGAAGUAGUUUCUCAGACAUUUAAUGAUUUCAAUUAUCUUGUUGAACUAGCACAUGAAACAUUGUAUCAAAAAGAGAAAGCUGCAAAAGACCUCGAUGGAAUCCAAAAACGAGCGCUUUCACCAUCACGCACAAGAUCGAAAUCGGCCGAUCCCGGCAAAGAACGUGUAACAAAACGAAGCCGUAUUUUGGAUUUUUUUCGUGGUCGUAGUCGAGCUUCGGAACGAACCGAUUCCAAUGUCAAGGAACGAGAUCAUUCUCAUGUGACAUUAAUUGAUAAAACAUCUAUGAAAUUCAUUAAUAUCCGUGAGAAUCCACAAAAUCCGCCUACAAAUGAAUGGGACGAUCCUAAAACACGUAAUGUCGCUUAUUGCGCUGUUGUAUUCAAUCAAUUUCUUAAAGAACUAGCAGCAGUAACACUAGAACAUAGUGUACAACAAUUUGAUGAUGAUAAAAUAUUCGAUGAUCUUCCAUUAACACAACUAUUGUUAUGA